AUGGAAUUGCCGCCAGGAUAUCGAGAACCAGACAUUAGUAAGUCGCUUUGAUACAAUAUACAAUUGCGACAGUGCAAAUUCGAAUUUUUUCGAAACAUUUCGGAAAAAUUCGAAGUUUUUCAAAUUUUUUCGAAUUUGAUUCGAAUUCGAUUCGAAAAAAAUUCGAAUGGAGCAAUUAUUCGAAUUAACACAUUGAAUGGCGGGGCGGUACUCGGCGAUCUAAAAAAUGAAAAAUGAGAAAAAUAGUGGAUGUGUUGCGUGCUUUUCAUUUUUUUGACAUUGCUGAAUGAGAAUUAGUGACACGGAAGAUGAUAACAAAGUUUCAUUUGCAGGAAUGCACAACGUCUCUCGGGAGAAUGGCCACGGAUUUCAUCGAGACGGUGUGCAGGAGGAUACGGGCCGACGCGAAGAGCAACACGAUGUUGAGCUCCAACCAAUCGAUAUCAACGAGUGUGACGACCGAAUUCGAGUAGAAGGCGAACACUUCGAAGACCGAAAUGGAUGUAAUGAAGGGGAACAAUGGAAUUAUUGGGAAGAGCGGCGAAAAGAUCCCGUACUCCGCGCAUACGCUCUAUUCAUCAUCGAGGAGAAACUAUCGGAGAAGACCGUUGCGCGAUUGGAAAGUAUGAUGAUGCUGUUAUACGAUUGCCCGCCGCGCUUUAAUGUGAGUAAUAAUGAACAGGUUUUAUACCUCUUCUUCAAAUUCUACAUUUCAGUAUGCCGAUGUGAAGUCGCUGAUGAAUCGCGUGAGGGGAAACGUCAUCCGAGAGCAGUUAUACUUCUGCCAUAGUUGCGGUAGGCCCAAAACGAAGAAGACACACCAGAACCCAACGGAACCGGCCCAACUGUCUCCCCCGCCUGCUUGUCCACAGUUCCCCAGCCCGCCUAAAGGUCCGCUACAUCACAAAUGCCAAGGUGGAGCGGGAGUACCUCAUCAGCUCGCCGCUCCUACCCAUCAACAAUACCCGACUGUACCUCGUCCGCCUCCCGAUGCUAUUGUAAGCACAGGUAUUCCGGAAUACCAACCAGCAGUACAGUGGACUAUCAGUGAGUAGUACAAGAGUAUAUAGGAAUGGAAAACGCAUACGAUUUCAGACGCUCUUGUGAAGCAUGCUGUACACCAAGGAAAGUUGUGCGAGUACACUGCUGGCGCUAUCAUCGGUAGAAGCCUGCUUUGCGCUCCGCAAGAGGAGACGCAAGAGGAAGUGGCUCUAUUUGCCCGUAAAUAUGCCCGCAGGGUCACUACGCGACUUCCGACGAUAGAGCAGCUCCAAUCCACUGAUUACGUUCAUAACUCACAUCUGGCUAAUAAUCUUUGGGUAAACCGGCGAGCGUAUUGCGUAACUGAAAUAUUGAUGAAUUCCAGAAGCAGAUGUCCGAAAUCAGAGAGCAGCCAACUAUCAGGACUAUCGAAGCCAUGUCGAAUUCCUUCGACGUCGUGCCGGCCCACGGAGCAGUAUACGUGCGAUCUCAGUUCAAUUUCGGAGGGAUGACACCUUUCUCAGUAACCUCAUACAUAGUAUUCCAGUUAAAAAUAAGCACUUCAGAACGAACAAUUCGACAUGAAAUGGCUACCGCAAUACACCGCGAAGUGUACGCCUCACCUCUAUUUGAAAAAAGCCCUUGUGGAGCUGCUACAAAGAGUGAUUAAUAGAACAUUAAAUGAGAUUAUCCACUCCCUUUUGCAGAGCUGUUCCUCGCCGGCUGACAUUCAAAAAGUGUCACUUCAAGAUAUCGACGAGCCAGAAGAUUCGAACAAUACUGCGCACGGCACCUUCUACAAGUUCCCCGAAGGACUCAAAGAGAAUCUGAAACGUAAAUGACUCUCUCAACGCUACAUUAUAAUAACUUUUGACUUAUUACAGAGUUCUUCCUUGAAUUCUUUCUCCUGGAAGACUCUAAACUGGACGACCGCGACUACUCUCCCGAGGAGCACGAUAACAUGCGAUGUCUCAAGGCAUAUAAGGGUUCCCGAAGUCUAAAAGAUGUCUUCCAAAUGUAUUCGAAGGCGCGGGAAGCCUUCUUGACCUGCACGUUCCGAUACCAACUUCGAAAGGCACUGUAAGUCGCUGGAAUGUGCUAUCUUAGCACUGCAACUCUAUAUCGUUACAGAUGUGACGUGAGAAACGCUCAAUUCCUUCCUGGAAGUGGAGACGGCCAGGUCGCCGACAGAUGGAAACCGAGAACUGUAAGUAUACUAUUGCGGAAUACCACUCAAUCAUUUAUAUACCUUUUUUUCCAGCACUCGCGCAAACGCCAGGCUACCUGA